UCGAAGAUUAUGGCAGAAGGAGGGAUUCAGACACUUAUUGUUGAUAAUGGUUCCGGAAUGAUCAAGGCUGGUCUUGCUGGUGAGGAUGCUCCCAGAGCAGUCUUCCCAAGCAUUAUAGGUCGUCCCAUUGAAGGAAUGGGACAUAAAGAUGCUUAUGUUGGUGAUGACGCUCAAUCGAAAAGAGGUGUACUUACCUUGAACUAUCCUAUUGAACAUGGUAUAGUCACUAAUUGGGAUGAUAUGGAGAAAAUUUGGCAUCACACAUUCUACAAAGAGCUUCGUGUUGCUCCUGAAGACUGCUCUGUGCUUCUUACUGAAGCUCCUCUCAACCCUAAAGCUAACAGAGAGAAGAUGACUCAGAUCAUGUUUGAGACUUUUCACGUACCUGCUAUGUAUGUUUCCAUGCAAGCUGUGCUUUCGCUUUAUGUUAGUGGCCGUACUACAGGUACUGUGGUAGAUUCAGGUGAUGGAGUCAGUCAUGUGGUUCCUAUAUAUGAAGGUUUUGCGCUUCCUCAUGCUAUUCUCAAGCUUGACUUAGCUGGACGAGAUAUUACCAAUGCUUUGAUGAAGAUGUUGACAGAGAGAGGGUACGCAGUUGAGAGAGAGAUAGCGAGAGACAUCAAGGAGAAGCUUUCUUACGUGGCAUUGGAUUAUGAGGAGGAGCUUGAGACAGCGAAAUCAAGCUCAGAAAUCAACAAUAGCUACGAGCUUCCUGAUGGUCAGGUGAUUACGAUUGGUGCAGAACGAUUCCGCUGCGCAGAAGUCCUCUUUCAACCAUCGCUUGUCGGGAUGGAAGCACCAGGGAUUCACGAGACAACUUAUAACUCUAUCAUGAAAUGUGAUGUCGACAUUAGAAAUGACUUGUAUCAUAACAUUGUGCUCAGUGGUGGCUCGACCGUGCUUCGGGGAAUUAAUGAACGGAUGAUCAAAGACAUCAUGGCAUUGCAACAUAGAAAAACGAUGGUUAAGGUGGUUGCACCACCGGAGAGGAAGUACAGUGUUUGGAUUGGGGGUUCUACGCUGGCUUCUUUAGCGACAUUUCAAGAGAUGUGGAUAUCAAAGGCAGAAUAUGAGGAAUCAGGACCUGCCAUUGUUCACAGUAAAUGCUACUAG